UGAUGAACAUUACCAAUGUACUUAAGUGACUGCUCACAUUGGACAGACAGCCGGCUUGUCAAGGGUAGGAAACUCACUUCCGACGUUGAGUCUCACUCAGUGCCGAUCAACACUUUAACGCCUUUUUUCCUUCAUGGGAGAAAGUUUCAGGCAAGUCGCAUGAAGCUGCCAGCCCUCGCAUGGCUAGUAGCCGUUGAUUGGAACAUCUAAGCAUCCUUUUCUGCAUCUCUAGAAUAGUCGAUUGAACUGCAGGAGCUCGUACCUUGCUGGAAUUACGGCAGCAUUCCUAACCCCAUGUUUCUUCUCAAACAUGUAAUUGAGGAGCCCUUGACACCAAACCCAUUGCAUCGAGACAAGAGUGCCAACAGUAGGGGGUAUACAUACUCAUUUCUCAUGGCCCAAGUCCGUUGGUUUCACGUUUCGUUUUCGAUCGUUUCCAACGACCUCGUCCACCUUCUUUCACCAUGCCUAUGACCAAGGGCGUUCUCACUCUCCUUCCGGCACCAGAAGGCUACAAUGUCGACUUUGCACAUCCCCAGCGACAGGCUGAAAUUGAGACUUAUUGGGUUGCGGCUGUGGGCAAUUUUCUGGCAUUGCUGUUCAUCGGUCAGAGGGUUUAUACCAAACUCGCAGUCUUGAGAACGUUCCAGUUAGAGGAUGGUUUUCUCGUCGCCGCCUGGAUCACUUCGAUUGGGACACAAGCAGUCUUACUUCAUAUGUUCUCAGUUGGGGUGGUGGGAGUUCAUGCCUGGGAAAUCUCGCUUGACCAGUACAAUUUCUACAGCAUUUUGAUUCUCGUCGCGCCCGUUAUAUACGCCCCUUGUUCUGGCUUUGCAAAGCUCACACUGCUGUUAUUCUAUCGCCGGAUAUCACCCCAGACCUGGUUUCAAUGGAGCAUUACAACUAUGAUUUGCAUUGUCGUUGGAUACACGAUCGUCAUCUUCUUCAGCUUGAUCUUUGCCUGUAACCCGAUAGCCAAGAACUGGGACAUCACGAUAACAGAAGGGUACUGCAUCAACCGCGCGGCGUUAUACAUUGUCACAGCUGUUCUAGGUAUCUUGACUGAUGUGAUCCUCCUGGUUCUUCCAAUCCCCAUGGUCCUGGGGUUACAGAUGCCCAACUUGCAGAAGGCUGGGUUGUUACUGAUGUUCACUAUUGGAUCUCUGACUGUCGUUACAUCCAUCGUCCGCCUCGUUAUCCUCCUCCCUGUUCUCACGAACACGGAUCAACCAUGGGCUAUUGCCUUCCCAUGUACUUGGAUCUGCGCGGAAGCCAACCUCCUGGUCAUCUGCUGUUCCUUGCCCACACUACGCAAGUUCUUUCGGGAUGUGGCCCCGAAAAUCAUCGGCGAGAGCGACAACAGCCCCAGCGCACCCACCCAUUUCCCCGGACAUACAAACCUACGGACGUUCGGGAGGUCGAGCAACAAGAGAAAGCAGUACAAUAAGUUUGGAGAGUCUGAAUACGGUAUGAUGACCCUUAAUGAAGAGCCAAGUGAUCAUAACUUGCGAGGAGAUCGAGAUCGAAUGCAGCGGCGGAAGAAUCAAGUUGAUGCAGGCUCUGCAGACAAAGGCCAUACUUGGGAUGCGGGAUCCCGUGGGGAUGGUGAUAGUGUCAGGGCUAUCGUGCAGACAAAGACUAUGACCGUGUUUUAUUCCGAUGAGGAAAAUCACAACUGAAGAAUUUUUAUUUAUGGUCUAUCUUAGAAGGUUAUUCGGGGGGCUUUAGAGGUGAUUGCCUAAGACGGGGGGUGGGGGCGCGGCCUGGUAGGAUAGAUAAUUGCUUGACCUCGUGAUGCAACCAAAAUUUCUAUUACCUAGACCCUUAAUUUCUAAAGCCUUGUUAGCUACGGGCGGUAAUUAACAGUAUCAUAGAUUUGUUCUACUUUAUUAAGUCUCGAUUUAACUCAAAUCCUGAUGGCGCUU